AUGACGACCAAAAAGUCAAAUUUAUCUGUGGAAUUCGCUCAAACAAACAGCAUAGAGGAAAUCACAGAAACCAAGAAAUUUUUCAACGAGGAACAUAUGCAAAAAAUCAAAUCGAUCGCUGGUCAUGUUGGACUUUUGAUUACUUUAAUGCUUUAUACGGCAAUAGGAGGUUUGGUUUUUCGACAUGUCGAACUUCCGGUAGAAUUGGCGCGUUUGGAAACUUUGCGCGCCAAUUUACGCGCAGAACGAUAUUCAUUCGUUGACUCUGUCUCCAAUAAUACCGAUGUCUCAAAUUUGCGAACAUUGGUUAGCGUGAAAUUACGCGCUUACGAGGAAGCUGUCCAGGAAGCAGCACAGGGUGGUCUAUUGAUAAGUUUCGUGACGGAUACGAUCGAUCAAGAAGAUCGUGGUACAGCGGAUUUACCGCCGAUCGUCACUGAAAGAUGGAGCGUUCUUCAAGCCAUCUUUUUUGCAAGCACUGUUCUUACUACGAUCGGAUAUGGUAACGUUGUACCAUCAACUAAUGGGGGAAGGAUGUUCUGUAUCUUGUACGCUUUCGUUGGUAUACCUCUGACGUUAACAGUGAUAGCCGACUGUGGAAAACUAUUUGCCACCGUCGUAGUUGAAAUUGCUUUAGCAGUGAAAACGAAACUUCCGUUUCGCUUUUCCUUCUCCUGCAUUCCGACGAAUUUAGCUGGAAGGCGAUCGCUUGGAGCCUUCGCAGCAAUAGGUUUACUUUUUUUAUAUCUAGCCUGCGGUGCAGGUAUGUUCAUGUUAUGGGAGGAUGACUGGGAUUUUUUCGAUGGAUUUUAUUUUUGUUUUGUGACCAUGACCACUAUAGGUUUCGGUGAUCUAGUACCGACUGCAAAAAAACCCAAGUACAUGUUAUUGUGUACUCUUUAUAUUCUGGUUGGUUUGGCGCUGAUGAGUACCAUUAUUGAGCUCGUAAGGCGGCAGUAUGCUCAAUCAUGGAGAAGACUGCAGAGGCUUAGUGGACCAUUGGCGGAGACUAUUCGAAGACUUGGUGAACAAGCUGGUGGUGACAUGUCUGCACUCCAUUCAGAUCUCAGGAAAGUUUUAACGGUAAUAUCGAUGCCACGUUUAAAAUGGUCAGCUUCUCUUAAUCGAGAAGGCACGAAGGAUCAAGAAUGGGAAGAAGCUGUAGAGGCUGUGCUUCGCGAUAUCGCUGCGAACGUAAAUAACAGUAGUCAACCGAAGAAGAAACCGAUAGUGCAAAUUGUCAUUUACGAAUCGAGUGUUUGA